AACAGGCUUUUGACUAAUUUGCUUUGGAGGCUGGGUGUGGGGAAAAAUCACAUCUUCGCUUUCACAAAAAUGAAAGGAUGAUGAUGCCACUAAACGCUUUGAAGUUCUUUACACAAUUGGGAGAAGUUUUUGUUUAGUGAACAGGUUUCUAGAGCGAUUCAUAGAAAGUUUGUUUUUUUAUCAACUUAGAUUCCUUGUGCCUGCAAUGAUAUAGAGAAGAAUUAGAAAGCAUUUGCGGAUUUCAAAUCUCUCAGGAUACUUUGUGUGCAGCAAUAAACCUUUUCUUUCUGAAAAGCAAACGAAUCUUCCAAUUUCAUCAUGAACAUACAUUGGUUUAGACUUGGGGGAAUGAUUCUCAGUAUUGUGAUCUGCUUUCUGACUACCGUGUACUGCCAGGAUCAAAAUUGGAAUGGGCAUUACUAUCAGCAUUAUUCACCCAGUUCAAUAUGGGUUGCACAGAACCACAACAAUCGAGGCGGAGAUCUGGAGUUGCAAAGUUCAAUGAAUAGACCAUCUUCCAGCUUUGGAAAAAUGCCUUGGAAAAACCCACAGUCCAAGCCACAGUGGCAAUCUCCAAUGUACAAGCCGAAAUGGCAAGAUUCGCUUUCAAAACCGCAAUGGCAACUAUCGAAAGCACACCACAUGAAACCGUUUAUGAAACGACCAUUUAAGAAUUCGAACUCUUUAAACAAACAGCCGCAUGACCAAUGGAGAGCAGGACCUAAAGAGUGACAAGGAAGAUUACGUACUAAACCUAAUGGCAUAUUU